CAACGUUGCCAAGAGCUCUGCUCCCACUCCACUCCUCCCCCGGCUCACAGCUCCGAUGGCGCUCCGGCUCCUGCUCGCCGUCCUUGCGACGGCUCUGUCUGCGGCGAGCGCUAAGGCGCUGGGGAUCAACUACGGCCAGGUGGCGGACAACCUGCCGCCCCCGCAGGCGGCGGCCGUGCUCCUCCGCGCGCUGAACGCCACCAAGGUCAAGCUCUACGACGCGGACUCGCGCGUGCUCAGCGCGUUCGCAGGCUCCGGGGCUGACUUCACCGUGGGCCUCCCGGACCGCCUCGUCCCGCGGCUCGCUGCCGACCCCUCCGCCGCCGCCGCGUGGGUCCGUGCAAACAUCCUGCCCCACCUUCCGGCGACGUCGAUCACCGCCGUCACCGUCGGCAACGAGGUGCUUACCGGCACCGACAGCACCAUGCUCCGCUCCCUCCUCCCCGCCAUGGAGGCCCUCCACGUCGCGCUCGCCGCCUGCAACCUCACCUCCCGCGUGGCCGUCACCACCGCGCACUCCCUCGCCGUGCUGUCCUCCUCGUUCCCGCCCUCCUCCGCGGCGUUCCGGCACGACCUCCUCCCGUACAUGACCCCGCUCCUCGGCUUCCUCGCCAAGACCGGCUCGCCGUUCCUCAUCAACGCCUACCCCUACUUCGCUUACAAGGCCGACCCGGACCGCGUGGACCUUAACUACGUGCUGUUCGAGUCCAAUGCCGGCGUCGCCGACGCUGCCACGGGGCUGCACUACGACAACAUGCUGCACGCGCAGGUGGACGCGGUGCGCGCGGCGAUCUGCAAGGCCAACUUCGGCAAGUCGGUGGAAAUUCGUGUGUCGGAGACCGGGUGGCCGUCGCAGGGUGACGAGGACGAGGCCGGAGCGACGCCGGAGAACGCGGCGAGGUACAACGGCAACCUGAUGCGGCUGGUGGCGCAGGGGAAGGGGACCCCCGCCGCGCCCGGCGAGGCGCUGCAGGUGUACGUGUUCGCGCUGUUCAACGAGGACCAGAAACCCGGGCCGGCGUCCGAGCGGCACUACGGGCUUUUCAAGCCGGACGGCACGCCGGCAUACUACGUCGGCGUCAAGGCGCCGACGAUCGGAGGCUGGAAGAGGAGUAGGAGUGGUAAUGGCACGAGCGGUGGCACCGGGCUGGUGGUGGCGCAAGGGCCCGGCGGGGCUGACGGUGCAGGGCCGGGCACUGGAUACUACACCGUGUCUGCAGCAGCAGCAAACAAGGUGAAGAGGCAGCGGCGAUGGAGCAUGGAAAGAUUGCUGAUGGCCGCCGUCCUAGCCAUGGCGUCCGGGCUCUGUUGGUCAUAACUUGGGGAGAAGAGAGAUACGGAGAUUGCAGACCGAGGCAUGUCAUUGAUUGAUUCAUCCUUGUUUUUGCGUCCGAUUCGUAUAUGUAGCCGUGUAGAGGAAGAGAUGUAAUCGGUAUUCAUUGAUACUAUUCCAUACUCCUGCUCCAACUGAUCGGACUCUUGGUUCAGUUCAACGUCGU